AUGCCGACAAGAAGUACGCACGCUGCAUGUUCCUCACAUCAGGCAACUCCCACCAGACCCGAUGCGCUGCGAACGCCGGUUCGAGCACCUGACGCUCCUCGUAUUUUGACUCUGACAGGGCACGAGGCGUCCCAGUGGCCUACUACACCAUUCUCACCGUGGAUCUUGCCAUCUGAUGUGGAUCAAUUGGAGCAUGCUAGCUAUGCUUCGGCAUCGACGUCGGCAGGUCAGUGCGCAUCUACAUCCCGGCUCCCGGAGCAAGAUCAAGGUUGGUUGAUGUCUGGACCGUCACCUCGCAAAUCCUUCAACAUCUUUGCGAGCCGGUCAAAAACGAUCGCUGCGGCACCAACGGCAUCUUUGAGAGACGUGUCCACUGGCGAGCCGGCGACACACCCUACACAAAUAUAUCUGCCUGGCUCUUUCUCCCCGAAUUCACUGGCGAUUCCACACCAACAAAGUGUCGACACAUCUGCAGGACCAUUCCAUGCAUACCGCGAACAGCCGUCCAGCGAUCCGCGCAUCGGUAUCUACGAGGUCGAAAGGGGGUCAUCGGAUGUCUCGACCAGUCAGGCAGUUUGCAGCCCGACUUCAGCUGCAGCAUGGUCACCAACACAAUUCUCGUCGGCCUAUCCGUCCGGCUUCAGUGAUGGCUCCUUUAUGAGUGCCAUGCAGGAACAGGACACACCUAGCAUGUCGACCCACUUGCUGCCGAGCCAACAUCUUACUGAACAGCUGUCUCGAAGCCUUCUGGCUCAAACAGCUGAAGUGAGGCAUAUGUCUGCUUCUGCGCAACCGUUCAUCUUCAGCAUGCCACGACGAGUUGAUCGAUCUGAUGUCCCUGUUCAAGCACACCCGAUCCGGAUCCGCAGCUCUAUGGGCCUCAGUAGCGGACAUUCUGUCGGAUCUGGUGCCAUGGGUCAUGUGCCAGCCUCGACUGCCCCUUCACAUGGCCAGUCUUCAUUUCAGUUGCAGCCUGCUCCUAGGAUCAUUGCUUGCAGCAGCAGCGCUAUACUUGCAAAGCCUGGCAGAUUCGAGAAGGCAAGCUGUCAAAGAAAAACGCCUGGCGAUAUGUAUAGCGCAGAUGUUGGAUUGAGACAUGAAAGCAACCAUCAGGCAUCUGAUGCUUCGGCCAGGGAUGGGAGAGAGAUCGCAGGUCUUGGCUUACAGCUGGACACAGAGCCUGCCGAAUCGAUGGCACUCGGAUUCGCCAACGCUCCUUAUCAAUCAUUGAUGUCGGUCGACGAGAUGGGACGCUGGAUCCUAAACUCAGAAGGACAAGCGGUCGGACUUUCCGAACAAUCAUCAUCUUUCACGAAUGACAGCAGAGGUGGACGGGUGACAUGGCAGGGGAAAGAUACCUGGAACACAUCUCUUGGCGCAACAACAGAAGCGAGCUUCACGUCACACAGCAGUACUCCGACGUGGGACACCUCUUUGAAUGACAUGACAAGUCCGCCUUCCGCCAGUGCCGACAGUCAGUUCGUGCCCACCUCUGCCUCUUCCAUCGGCAUCAGCUACAGUCAGAAUCGGCCACCAAGCAAGCCGAAUGAACGCCCGUCGGAAAGUUCCGAUGCGCAAUCGCCUUCGGUGAUGACCCCUGAAGUGGCUAUGCACGACUUCAGCGAGUUCGGACAAUCCGUCUCGAUUGAGCAAAUGGCAGACGAGCGGUGGCGAACCUGGCCAAGGAAUCGAGACAGUGUCUUGCUGCGAGAGCGUACUUCGAACCCGAUCAUGCCUACCAGUCCAGGACUUACACUUCAGCCACAAGCAGAUGAACGUGCUUCUUUUGACUCUCUAUCUGUCUCUGCAUCAUCGACACGAUCACGACUGAUGGCGGAGCCAUACAACAAGAACAUGAGAUCUGCACGUCCAAGCAGUAGCGACAGCACAAGCAGCCGUAGCUUUAUAGGCAACGCUGCUGCUCUCGAUACUCAGCAAUCUACAGGGACUACGGGUCCGACUAGGCCCAGAUCUCACAUUGCCACUGGAUCGCUACGCAUGUCGAGCACAACGAGAUCUGGUUCCAGCGGCGGUGGUGCAGGCUCAGAUGGGCCCUCAGCCCCAACCGAACGUAUCUCAGGUACUGCACUUGCGCUUCGUCGAGCUAGAGGUGUGUCGCAAGGGGAGCCACCACCUUCGAGCAGCAGUGCUGCGAUGAAGUUGACAAGGUCAAGUGACGCUAUCAUACCACCCGGAUCCUCUGCUUCUUCUUCUUCUUCAGCCAAGUUUAGGCACAGUGUGUCUCUGCAGAGAACAGCUCUCAGUAGCGAUGGGCUCUCGCAAGCGGUGCAACGACCACAAUCUCUCCUUGAGACAUCGCCGGACAGACUUGGUAGCCUCUUUGCCAAGCCACAGGGCAAGGUUGGCUUCAACGAAGUUUCAGUUGCGCUGGAUACGUUGCGCAUGUUCUUGAAGCAGAAGGAGCAGGGACAGAAAGUGGACGAAAACUCUGACGCGAACAACACCACUACGCUGCCAUCGCCCGUAGAGCGCGACCAAGGAAGCUCUCCCAAUAAAUCAUGCCGGAGUUUGCGCAGGACCAAAGGUCUUUCACCACCCCGAGGUGCUUUCUCGUCAGUCGACGAAUCCGGCACCCUGCAAACUUCGUCCUCUCCAUCCAACAUCUCCUCUCCGCCAAGCGAUAGGCCGGGUGCAAUCUCUGCCCAUGGUCGAAGCCAAAGCUUAGGAGGCGGCAUGAUCGGAUCCUCACAACCCACCCACAAUCAGCCAACGAACAGUAGACAGGACGAUAGGCUUGCUGUGCUCGAAGACCUCUCAGAACGCGUCAUUAAGCUCAAAGCUGAGACAGAACGUCAAAAGGAACAGCAUGCAGCAGCGAGCAUGCCUCCACCACCUACUCGACCUGCUUCGAUGCAACAUCACCGUUCGCAAAGCAACAUGACACGCCGCGAAAUGCAUGAAGAGUAUCUUCGCAAGCGUUCCAAUGGGUCCUGA